CAACUGCUCUUACCAAGCUUUUUGCACAAUUGCCAAUAGUGAAGACAAAGCGCUGCGACGGCAAAAUCCCACACCUUACUAAAAGCGUUGGUUCAACGUUAUUUUCAUUACACGCCGUUGCCCCGCCGAAAGCCCUCUAGCGCUACCAGACGUGCGCAAAGAGGAGCUCAGGCGGGGUCAAGGCUUAACUUGUAGCGCUGGGGAGGUCUUCUGCGACAUUAUCUCGGGGCCAGCAUAGCUAGGAGCCAUGGCGAGCGGCUUACAGAAGUUGCUAUAUCUGCAGACGGUCAACAAAGUUGCCCAGGAAAUUGAGAACCAUCUGCAGAUCAGCGAUGCCACGGUGGCCGAGUUCAUCGUGGAGACCGCCAAGGAGGCUGGCAACGUGGACAAAUUCAAACGGGCCAUGCACGAAAUGGGUCUGGGUGCCGCGCUGAACGACGUGCUCAUCGAGCGCUUCUGGAACAUCAUCCAGGCGCUCACAGGGGGGCGAGGAGGCGGGGCGGGAGCUGGGGGCAGCGGCGGCGCUGGGGUGGGGCUGGCUCGCCCCAAUGCGCGGCUGCCGGGGGCCGAGCUGCAGGACACGAGGGAUCGGGCGAAGCAGCUGACGCAGGAGCUGCUGGAGGAGGCGGAUCAGAAGCGCCGGCAGGACGCGGGGGCCGCGGGGCCCUCGGGCAGGGACGCAGCGGCUGCCGGCAGGGACGGUCGGGGUGACCCACGGGACGGUCGGGACUCGCGGGACCGCUACGACCGCUACCGAGACGAUCGUGACAGGGACAGAGACCGGGAGGGGCGGGGGCGCGGUGGAGACGAGGGCGGCAGGGGGCGAGAGCGCAGCCGCAGCCGGGAGAGGAAGCGACGCAGCGACUAUGCGGAUGCUGACCCACGAGACGGCGCCGGCCCCAGUGGCCGCGAUGGCCGCGACCGUGACGGUUUCGCGCUGCCUCCGCCUCCCCCCAAGCGCCCCGCACUGCCUGAGAACCCCGAGCUGGGUGGGGUGUACCGGGGGCGGGUGACGGGCACCAUGGGCACAGGCUGCUUCGUGGAGCUCAUCAACUUCGCACGCAAGGUUGAGGGCCUGGUGCACAUCGCCAACAUCUGCAAGAAGCCCAUCCAGUCGCCCACGGAUGUGGUGAAGCGGGGGGAGGAGGUGUGGGUCAAGGUGAUCGGCAUGGGCUCCGUGGGCGCCAGCGGUCAGCAGCGGCUGUCGCUGUCCAUGCGCGACGUGGACCAGGCGAGCGGCAAGGACCUGCUGCCCACCCACUUGCUGCCGGGGGCGGACGGGGAGGGCAAGAUCGCCAGCGGGCUGAAGGGCAUGUCGGGGAUCAAGGUAAACCCCGAUGACGACGACCCCAACCCCCGCCGCCGCGGCAAGAAGCUCACCGAGUACGAGAUGUGGGAGAGCAAGCAGCUCAUCUCGUCAGGUGUGUUGGAUGUUCGCGAGUACGCGCACUACGACGACGACAGCGGUCUGGGAGUGCUGGCCAGCGCCACCGACCCCGCGGAGGCGGAGGAGUUCGAGAUCGACCUCAACGACUCGGAACCCGCGUUCCUGCAGGGCUCCGGCACCCGCUCCGGCAUCGAGAUGUCCCCCGUGAAGAUCGUUAAGAACCCGGACGGCUCGUUGCAGCGUGCAGCCAUGACUCAGUCGGCGCUGGCCAAGGAGCGGCGCGAGCUGAAGGAGCAGCAGCAGCGCACGCUGCUGGAGGCCAUCCCCAAGGACCUCAGCAGGCCGUGGGAGGACCCCAUGGCGGACCCAAGCGAGCGCGCCCUAGCUCAGGAGCUGCGCGGCAUCGGUCUGACGCAGGGCGACAUCCCCGAGUGGAAGAAGGCGGCCAUGGGUCAGGCCAUCAGCUACGGCAUGCAGGACGCGCGCAGCAUCCGCGAGCAGCGGGAGAGCUUGCCCAUCUUCAAACUCAAGCAGCAGCUCAUUGAGGCGGUGCGGGAUAACCAGGUGCUGGUGGUUAUCGGCGAGACGGGCAGCGGCAAGACCACCCAGAUGACGCAGUACCUGGGGGAGGCGGGCUACACGGCGGGGGGGCGCAUCGGGUGCACGCAGCCGCGACGUGUGGCGGCCAUGAGUGUGGCAAAGCGCGUGGCGGAGGAGUUUGGGUGCAGGCUGGGGGAGGAGGUUGGCUACGCCAUCCGUUUCGAGGACUGCACGGGCCCCGAGACCGUCAUAAAGUACAUGACGGACGGCAUGCUGCUGCGUGAGUGCCUGCUGGACGAGCAGCUGGCGGCGUACAGCGUCAUUGUGCUGGAUGAGGCACACGAGCGCACCAUACACACGGACGUGCUCUUCGGGCUGAUGAAGGAGGUGUGUCGCAAGCGCUCCGACUUCAAGCUCAUCGUCACCUCCGCCACCCUGGAUGCGGAGAAGUUCUCCUCCUACUUCUUCGAUGCGCCCAUCUUCACCAUCCCCGGCCGCACCUACCCCGUGGAGGUGCUGUACACAAAGGCCCCCGAGCCCGACUACCUGGAUGCGGCCCUCAUCACGGUGCUGCAGAUCCACCUGUCGGAGCCCGAGGGAGACCUGCUGCUCUUCCUGACGGGACAGGAGGAGAUCGAAACCGCAUGCCAGAUCCUGUACGAACGCAUCAAGGCGCUGGGACCUGCCGUACCCGAGCUCAUCGUGCUGCCGGUGUUCUCGGCGCUGCCCUCGGAGAUUCAGACCCGCAUCUUCGAGCCCGCCCCCCCCGGCAAGCGCAAGUGUGUUGUGGCCACCAACAUCGCGGAGGCCUCGCUCACCAUCGACGGCAUCUACUACGUGGUGGAUCCGGGGUUCGCAAAGAUUAAGGUCUACAACCCCAAGAACGGCAUGGACAGUCUGGUGGUGGCGCCCAUCAGCCAGGCCAGCGCCAAGCAGCGCGCGGGGCGGGCGGGGCGCACGGGCCCCGGCAAGUGCUACCGCCUGUACACGGAGGCGGCCUACAAGAACGAGAUGCUGCCGCUGAGCGUGCCGGAGAUACAGCGGACAAACCUGGCCAUGACGGUUCUCACGCUCAAGGCCAUGGGCAUCAACGACCUGCUUGGGUUCGACUUCAUGGACCCGCCCCCCGCCUCCACGCUGGUGUCGGCACUGGAGCAGCUGUACAACCUGGGGGCGCUGGACGAGGAGGGCCUGCUGACCAAGCUGGGUCGCAAGAUGGCUGAGUUCCCGCUGGAGCCGCCCAUGAGCAAGGUGCUGAUCGCGAGUGUGGACCUGGGGUGCAGCGAGGAGAUCCUGACCAUCCUCGCCAUGCUGUCCGCGCAAAACAUAUUCUACAGGCCGAGGGAGAAGCAGGCGCAGGCCGACCAGCGCAAGGCCAAGUUCUACCAGCCCGAGGGCGACCACCUCACCCUGCUGGCGGUGUACGAGCAGUGGAAGGCGGCAAAGUUCAGUGUGCCCUGGUGCAAGGAAAACUUCAUACAGGACCGCUCCAUGAAGCGCGCUCAGGACGUGCGCAAGCAGCUGCUCGCCAUCAUGGACCGCUACAAGCUGGAGCAGGUGUCGGCGGGGCGCAACUACACCAAGAUCUGCAAGGCCAUCACCUCGGGCUUCUUCUUCCACACGGCCCGCAAGGACCCGCAGGAGGGCUACAAGACGGUGGUGGAGCAGCAGCCCGUCUUCAUCCACCCCUCCUCCUCGCUCUUCCAGCAGCAGCCCGACUGGGUGCUCUACCACGAGCUCAUCCUCACCACCAAGGAGUACAUGCGCGAGGUGCUGGCCAUCGACCCCAGGUGGCUGCCCGAGCUGGCGCCCCGCUUCUUCAAGCCCGCCGACCCCAACAAGCUCUCCCGCCGCAAGCGCUUCGAGCGCAUCGAGCCGCUGUACGACAGGUACAACGACCCCAACGCAUGGCGCCUGUCGCGUCGCCGCGGAUAAGGUGGUUGAGAUGGCUGGGGUGGCGGGGAAAGAGCGAGGCGGCGGUUGUGGCUUACGAGGGGCGCUCUGGCUUGGGGGCAGAAAUGGAAGCGGGAUGGUGGUGGAAGGAAGGCUCUUUGGGGAUGUUGGUGGAAGGCAGGGAUGCAGGGGUGUGCAGCGGAGGGGGGGCACCGCAGGGUGCUGUUCUGCCGGCCUGGAUGCGCUGCGCUCCCUGCUGGCUGUACGGUGCGAUCUCUUGCCAUCCGACGGUCUCUGCCGGUCUGGUACCUGUUACAUGUUAGCAGGUUCCCGGUGACGUUGAUGGGGGCAGGAGGUGGAGGGCGUGGUGUGUUGAGGUGUGGUGUACAUAGGAGGGCGGUUAGGUGUGUACAGCAGGUGCUGUCGUGUGGCCGGUACUGUACCGCCUCGACUACUACCGUAGUCAUUCUAUCCGUUGCAUGGGCGUAGCAGUAGUAGCAGCACGAGUAGCACCGAACAGGGUUGGGGCUGCAUGCAGGCGCUACAAAGGUGUACUAUGCUGCGGUCUCAUGAGUGCGUCCGGCUGUGGUGAAGAAGUGGUGCGGUGUCGGUGCCGGGGGGUCAAAGACUGUACCGAACCAUAUGAAACCACUGGUUGGGGCAACAUGGCUCAAGUGUAGGUACACGGCGGGAGCUGUAGGGCCCUCUGCUUGGGCGGAGGAGGAGGUGGAAGGUGCAUGGUGACCAUCCUAACUAGCUAGCGCCUGUUGAUUUGCAGUUGGCUCCGUACCGGUCGUUUGGUUCCGACGUACGGUAGCUGUCCGUUACAUGAUUGAACGGUGGGUGGCCGAGUGUAUCGGUUGUGGGACUGGACGGUCACACGGGGGGGGGUAGCUGUGACAGCGCGAUGGGCUGUAGCAUUAGACGGACCGAAACAUCUACAAGAGGCAAGACCAUCAUGGCACAGGGUUUGCAAAAUGGCCUGGUGGGGGACAC